CAGAUAUGCAACAAGGCUGCGGAAGAAGCAUCGGAAGUCAUUCUGAUGUCACAUCAAUGUUCAAUAGACUAACAGAGAGCCUUCGGCGCGCGCCAAUGCCCAGCCCCAAUUGAACCAGACUGUGACCCGGUCAAGUGGUGUCUACCUGCAUCAAGCACGUGUCCCUGGAACACAACACGUGCGUUUCUGGUCUUGUAACUUGCGACACGGCUCCAUGCUCUUGCUCAUCCCAGCUCGCGAUGACGUCCCACUCACGCACCCACCCACUGGCGGUCCGGUUCGUCUCUUGGCCUCUGCGUCAGCCCCGUCUCGUGUCGUUGUCCAAGCGUUUCGCCUGGCGCAGCCGUUCAUUUUCGCUUCCUACUCGUGACUGGCGAUGCUGUACUCAGCUUGGUCUUGGCGAACUCUACUUCCGCUUGCCGUCUAUUCAGUUUGUGUGCCGGGGAGCUCUAUCAUCGGGUGAUAUGCCGUUUCUAGCCUCGUCCUAGUCUGUCCUAAACGCGGUACCGAGGGCCUGAGUGCCCGCUGUAUCGCGCCAAUCGACGACCGGGCUUGUGUUGUGUAUGUUUUUUCUCAUCCGCAGGAUGCUAGGGAACGGCCCCGACGAGACCGCGUUGCGUUUGCGCGCCUGCGCGACGAGUUGGCCGAGGAGAGGCAGGGAGGUUGUUUAUCCGAAUCCAAGGGAUGCUGUGCGAGCAUGUGCGCAAGGAUUGUCCUGCGCACCCACAAUCGCUGGACCGGCGGACCGUCGCUUCCCGAGGUCUCGCAUUUAGAUGAAUUCUGGGGAGUAUAAAGGAUGCACGCUCUGGCUGAUAUUCUCCUCAGUUCUCAAGCUUUCUUUGCACCGAAAACAAGGACUACCACAAUGCGCACUGCUUUCAUUGCCAUCACCAUCUACCUCCUUGCAGCGUCCGCUGCAAUCGUGAAACGAGCGUCAGUGAAUGACGUCGCGACCGUUGGAUACGGUGAGCACGAUAUUCUCUUGUUCUAUCUUCCGCGCGCUGAAAGUCGCUACAGCGACACUCAACGGAGGGCAAGUGCUCACAGAACCCGAUGCCCAGCUGUGGAACUGAACCGUGGGACAGAACGAGCGGAGGAUCUGGCGGUCCGACGACGACGGUGUCCACCCUCGAUGCGCGUGAGUCUCCCCCAUCCCAUCUAUCCCGAGUUUGUCUUCCUCCGAGUCUCACUACCAUCUGCAGUCACCUCGGCUGUUGCCGGUACUGCCAAGAAGAUUGUACUCAUCUCAGGCACUAUCACGGGGAACGCUGUAGUGAAAAUCGGAUCGAACACCUCUCUCAUCGGAAAGUCGGGCUCCGCCCUCGUCGGUGUCGGUUUGCGCGUGCUCAACGAGAAAAACGUGAUCAUCCGCAACGUCAAGAUCUCCAAGGUUCUCGCUUCGGCUGGGGAUGCGAUCGGAGUCCAAGCGUCGAGUCAAGUCUGGGUUGACCACGCCGACCUCUCCUCGGACCGCUCCCACGACAAAGACUUUUACGAUGGCCUGCUCGAUCUCACGCACGGAAUCACUGGUGUCACGAUCACCAACAGUUUCCUGCGCGACCACUGGAAAGCGUCGCUCGUUGGCCACUCUGACAGCAACGGCGCGGAGGACACUGUCAUCACGGUGACCUUUGCAAACAACUACUGGCGCAACCUGAACUCACGCACGCCCUCGCUGCGCUUCGGACACGCCCACAUCUACAACAACCUCUUCGAGAGCAACAGUGACGGUCUCAACACGCGUGACGGCGCCCAGAUGCUCGUCCAGAACAACGUCUUCGUCAACAUCACCAACGCGAUCAAGAGCACCGAUGGCGGCUUCGCCGUCGCUACCGGAAACGACUUUGGCGGCGCGACCAACACCGCCCCGACCGGCUCGUUCACAUCCCCGCCCUACUCGGCAUUCUCGCUGCUCCCCGUCUCGAGUGUCAAGUCUACCGUCUCGGGUGGUGCCGGCCAGACGCUCUCCUUCUGAGCAGGCCUGAACAAGAAGCAAGAUCGAAGGAAAGUAGUUGAUCGAAUGUUUAUACGUACCAGUGUGUCACAAACAAACAAUCUGAGCGAAAUGAAGCGAUGACGUGUCUUGUGAUUACCGGCUGAUAAAAUGACGUCCCAACUUUCAGCUCAGUUGGAAGAGCGCGUCACCAGUAAAUUCGAGGUCUGUCGUUCAAAUCGGCUAGCAGGAAUGAAAUGGAAUGAAGCGAUGUCGUGUGCCCGUGGCAGCCAAGAAGCAUCCCAAGCGAAGUCAUAUGGCUUAAGUAGCCUUGGUCUAAUCAUUUGAUGCCUCUGAUACUAGA